AUGGCUACUCUGGGCCGCAUCGAAGAGUUUGACGAAUGCUCAAGUUACUCCAUUGAAGAAUACGUUGAAAGAUUGGAAUGUUUUUUUCAUGCAAAUGACAUUGAGUCUGAUGCCAAGAAACGAUCAGUGUUACUGAGUGUUUGUGGUGCAAAAACAUAUUCCACCUUGCGGUCAGUACUGGCCCCGACGCAUCCGUCGGAGGUGACUUAUGCAAACAUUGUGGCUGCUUUAAAACGCCAUUACAGCCCAGCGCCAUCAGAGAUUGUACAGCGUUUUCACUUCCAUAAUUGUAAGCAGAAACCCAAUCAAAGUAUUUCUAACUACAUUGCUGAGCUUAGACGCUUGUCUGUCCACUGUGCCUUCGGGGAUCAGUUAGACGCUAUGCUGCGUGACAGGAUCGUGUGCGGUGUGUUGGAUGAGGCGCUGCAACGCCGCUUAUUGGCUGAAUCUACGCUUACAUUUACAGAGGCAGAAGAAAAGGCUCUAGCUGCUGAAGCAGCUCUGUUAAAUACUCGCCUUCUUCGUCAACAACAGCAUGAUUCGUUUCCCGCAGAUGAUGUUCAUUAUGCAGCUCACACAUCAGUUAAGACAGCAGCACAAAAUGAAAAUCUAAAGUGUGACAAACCAUGUUUUAGAUGUGGUGGCCAGCAUCCUUCACCAUCCUGUAAAUUCACCACAGCAGUAUGCCAUUACUGUAAAAAACGGGGGCACAUAGCUCGUGUGUGUUUAACAAGAAUCAAGCAAAAUGCUGGACAAAGUACAGGAAAUGCUAAAAUGGGGCAGAGUACUAACGUUAUAACACAUGAAGAGCAUGAGGAAUACUCUGUUUACAGCAUGAAUGAAACAUCAAAAAAGGAAGGACGGAAGCCUUAUUUAAUUACAGUUCUCCUAAAUGAUCAAGCACACACAAUGGAAGUGGAUUCAGGUGCAGCAUGUUCACUGAUUAGUGAGGACACUUACCGCUCAUUAUGGCCUGUUCAGCCUCCGGAAAUGCACCAGGACAAAGGAAUACUUAAACAAUGGUCACAGGCAACUUUGGAUGUGAAAGGGAAAGUCUUUGUGGACGUACGAUACAGAGGGACACAAAACACACUUCCUUUGUUUGUCAUUCAAGGGCAGGGCAUUAGUCUGCUGGGACGAGACUGGUUUGAGCCACUAGGAAUAUCAGUGGAAGGAAUACAUGGCAUACAGCUGCAAUCGGUGGAGGAAAUUUUGUUGGAAUAUGCAGAGGUAUUUCAGGACAUUGGGUCCUGUAGAGCCCCCCCAAUCGCUAUUGACAUUGAGCCCACAGCUAACCCACGUUUCUUUAAAGCACGGCCGGUUCCCUUUGCCUUACGCCCGCAGCUAGAUGAGGAGCUGGAUAAAUUAGUAGCUCAAGGAAUUUUCGAGCCGGUGCGACAUGCUAGAUGGGCCACGCCCAUAGUGACUGUUGCAAAAAAAGAUGGGGGUCUAAGAAUUUGCGGUGACUAUCGUUGUACUGUGAAUACAGCUGUUAAACCUGAUGUGUACCCCAUACCCACUGCAUCUGAACUUUUCUCAAAACUAGCUGGGGGAGUAUUUUUCACUAAACUUGAUCUGAAACAGGCUUACCAACAACUUCCAUUGGACGACAAGGCAGCAGAUUUGCUAACUAUAAACACCCACCGUGGCCUUUUCCGACCUCGACGCUUACAGUUCGGGGUGUCAACAGCUGUUUCAAUAUUUCAAAGAUUUAUGGACACUCUGUUUGCUGGAAUUCCAAGAGUUCAACCAUACCUGGAUGAUAUCUUGAUUUCAGGUAAAUCGAUGGAAGACCACAAUGCACAGCUGAAGGCUGUAUUGAAGCGUCUUGCAGAAGCUGGUCUGAGGCUGCAAAAGGAGAAAAGCAUUUUUGCAGCGACCCAAGUCGAGUUUUUGGGGUUUCGAGUGGAUAAGGAUGGAAUUAAGCCGACUCGUGAAAAAGUGGAGGCUAUUCAAAAAGCCCCGGCUCCACAGAACAAAACAGAACUCCAGGCUUUUUUGGGGUUGCUCAACUUUUAUAACUGUUUCCUCCCCAACAAAGCUACAGUCCUGGAACCCCUGCAUCGCUUGCUUGAUCAGUCUGCUUCGUGGCAGUGGGGAGUCGAACAUGAAACUGCUUAUGCUCAGGCAAAGCAGCUGCUACAGACUGAUCAGGUGCUAGUGCAUUAUGAUGAAAAAAAACCCCUGGCAGUAGUAUGCGAUGCCUCACCCUAUGGCCUGGGUGCUUUACUGUUCCACUUGGAAUGUGAGGGCCAGGAAAGACCUAUCUGCUUUGCUUCCCGAACAAUGUCUUCCACUGAACGGAAUUAUGCCCAGGUUGAUAAGGAAGCGUUGGCUGUCAUUUUUGCUGUUAGAAAAUUUCAUCAGUACCUCGCAGGGCGUCAUUUUGUGAUUUUCACGGACCACAAACCUUUGCUGGGCCUAUUACACCACUCCAAGCCAAUGCCGGCCGUCCUGUCACCACGAAUGUUACGAUGGAGUUUGAUCCUUGGAGCAUAUGACUAUGAGCUGUGUUACAGACCUGGAAAGGACAUUGCGAAUGCUGAUGCCCUGAGCCGGUUACCGUUGCCCGGGACUGACGCUGUUACACCACCACCGUUGGAGGUCCUGUUACUCGAAACGGUUCCAGAUGCUCCUAUGCAUGCUGAUCGACUUGCCAGUCUUACACUGAAGGACCCUGUUGUGUCACGAGUAUUACGCUGGGCCCUGCAUGGUUGGCCAGCUGAUAUAACAGACAGCCAUUUCAAACCUUUUCUGAUGCGCCGCUACGAACUUUCUGCACACAAAAACUGCUUGCUGUGGGGGAGCCGGGUUGUGGUUCCUGAGUUGGCAAGGAAGGAAGUGCUGGCCAUGUUACAUGAUGCUCAUCCUGGCAUUGUCCACAUGAAGGGUCUCGCAAGGAGUUAUGUGUGGUGGCCAGGGAUGGACAAGGACAUAGAGGAGACUGUCAGAGCCUGUGAUAUCUGUCAGAAGUCACGUCAUGCACCACCUAGGGCAAAGCUGCACCCUUGGGAAUGGACAACGAAAAGAUGGUCCAGACUGCACAUUGACUUUGCAGGCCCUUUUCAAGGUAAAAUAUUUCUCAUAGUAGUUGAUUCACAUAGCAAAUGGCUAGAGGUGUCUUUGAUGAGUUCCAUGUCAUCAUCUGUUGUUAUUAAUACACUGAGACUUCUUUUCGCAACGCAUGGGUUGCCUGACAUCAUUGUAUCUGACAAUGGAGCUGCUUUUACCUCUGCAGAGUUCAAGGAGUUUGCUGAACGUAAUGGCAUUCGACAUGUCACCACGGCGCCAUAUCAUCCCAGUUCGAAUGGGCAGGCGGAGCGCAUGGUACAGACGACGAAGGAGUCUCUGUCUCGCAUCACCAAAGGUGAUUGGCAAACUCGGCUUGCUCGUUUCCUGUUGUCACAACAUGUAACACCCAACUCUGCAACAGGUAAAAGUCCUGCUGAACUACUCAUGAAUCGGCGGUUAAUCACUGCUCUGGACAGACUGCACCCUGAUUAUGAACGAGACAUGCACCGUAGGCAGGAGUUAAAUGCUGAAAAGUGCCCUGGCAUUGUCAGGGAAUUCAAACCAAAUGACAUGGUGUACAUGAGGAGUUACACCAAGGGCUCGAAGUGGAUGCCUGGGACUAUUGUGGGCCUCAUGGGUCCUUUAUCGUACAAGGUCAGUGCGAAUGAUGGACAGAUACACAGGAGACAUGUGGAUCAGCUACGAGAAAGAGUGGUAACCAUGGCCAAUUCAUCUGUGCCAGAGCCCAUUGGUAGCACUGAACAUCCACCAGAGGCUGUAGUAUCUGAAUUGCCUGAACCACAGUCACUAGCAUCAAAUGAGGAAGAUCCUAAUAAUGACUUUGCUGAGAAUGGAAAUAAUUCGGGAGUUGUGUUGGGGUCUCCUGGACCGCGGAGGUACCCUGUAAGAGAGCAUCAUCCUCCAAAAAGGUUUUCAGAUUUUAUGGACUGGGGGAAAGGGGUGUAA